CGAGUUCAGUUCGCUUUACCGUCGACCGCCGCGUGCCGCGUAUUUGUUUGGCGUCGUCAUCGACUGCCGUUGUCGUGCGAAUCGCCGUUAACGCCACUGCCGUCGCGAUUGUUGUUGUUGAAAUCGUGUUAGUACUUUGUACCCUCACCCGCAUUUUGUAACUUAUCGCCGUGAUUAAUUUUCUAAUUUUUACCCCCUCCUCUGUUUUCUAUCAUCAGACUUUUUGACGAAACCCCGCGUUCCGGCUUUUGCGUCCCUUUGUUGUGGCCUUCGGUCGUUCGUUUCAACCCGUUCCCAGUCGUCGAUUAUCAGGAUUUUCAUUGAUUCAUUCAGACAUUCAGUUCAGCUAUUAUUGGAAUAAUUUGAUAUACCUAAGAAACUAUUCACCAUGUAGAGCUACAACUAAUUAGGGAUGACGGCGAGACGACAAUGACGACCAGCAGCGUCACUUGAAAGGCCGGUUAUGCUCGGGUCGGCGAACCCGGAUGUCACUUAAAUGGACGGCGUCAACGUCACGGCCGUGACCGACCAUAACGGAUCGCUGGUGUCGUGGCCGAGAAACUCGACGAGCCCGACGUCCACGUACACGCCGCUGGAAGCGUUCGCCAUUGGCUCUGUACUGUUCCUGGUCAUUGUGGUCACCAUUGUAGGCAACAUACUGGUCUGCAUCGCCGUGUGUCUAGUGCGAAAACUCAGGAGACCUUGCAAUUAUCUGCUCGUCUCGUUGGCCGUGUCCGACCUGUGUGUGGCCAUACUCGUCAUGCCACUCGCAUUGCUCUACCUAGUGCUGGGCAAAUGGCCAUUCGGCACGUUCAUGUGUGAUCUUUGGGUGUCUUUCGACGUACUAUCGUGUACGGCUUCCAUAUUGAACCUGUGCAUGAUCAGCGUGGAUAGGUAUUACGCCAUAACCAAGCCGUUGGAAUACGGUGUCAAGCGAACUCCACGCCGGAUGUUGGUGUGCGUCUCGCUGGUUUGGCUGGGCGCCGCGUGCAUAAGUCUGCCUCCCGUACUUAUACUGGGAAACGAACACUCCACCGUGGAUGGCGUUCCCCAUUGCACCGUAUGUCAGAAUUUCGGCUAUCAGAUAUACGCCACGCUCGGUUCGUUCUACAUACCACUGACCGUUAUGAUCACUGUCUACUACAAGAUAUUCCGGGCCGCCAGGAAAAUCGUGCUCGAGGAGCGCCGGGCACAGACCCAUCUGGAGAACAGUCAUUGUUAUCUGGAGAUAAGUGUCAAAAACGGUGUUGGCCCGGUAGAGUCGAAGAUCGCCACGGCUGAACGCGGCCACGGCGGCCACAGAGCCAGCAGCAGCGCCAGUACCACCACCACGUGUAGCGGCACGGGUGGCAGCAUUGUAAGAGACUGUCGAUGUUGCUCGAUGGUACGACGGUCAGUAGGUGAAUAUCAGUGUCCAGUACUGAUGGUAGUUCCCAGCAGUAAUGGCCAUAAUAAAAAGCCAAUGAACACAUCGAAGAAACCAGAAACUGGUGGUAAAAAGCUUAGGUUCCAAUUGGCUAAAGAACGAAAGGCUUCCACUACUUUGGGUAUUAUAAUGAGUGCGUUUACGGUGUGUUGGCUGCCAUUCUUUGUACUGGCCCUUGUCAGGCCUUUCUUGAGUGAUCCAUCCAGUAUACCCAGCUCACUGAGUAGCCUGUUUCUAUGGCUAGGAUAUGCCAAUUCACUCUUGAACCCUGUAAUCUACGCGACGCUGAACCGUGACUUCCGCAGGCCGUUCCAGCAGAUACUCUACUUUAAAUGCGGCUCUCUGAACCACAUGAUGCGCGAGGAGUUCUACCACUCUCAGUACGGCGAUCCCGAACCACAACACUCCACGCACUAUUGCGUCAUACCCGGCGAACCCGCUCUCGUGCCACAUCGCACGUCCCCGUCGAGACAGCGACCAGACGACACGGCGGCCGGUUCCGCCGAAAUCAGUCAACAAACCAUGGCGUCCGAAUCGUUCCUCUAGUAAUCACUGGCAACGUAGGUAAAACAUCUCACACGCGAACAGCGCACAAACGCGGUGGCCGACAAUGUCCGACACAGUUCUUGCCAAAAUCCGAUUACAAUAUAGUGUUAUAAUUUACAUAAGUAUCGAACAUAGCGGUUUGUUUAAACGAGAACAGCAUUGUUUGGAACUUGUCCGAUAGUUGUGUAAAACACGAUUAUUAUUAUAUUAUUUAUUAAUUAUGUAUGAUAACAAAAAAUGUAUAUUUUUCUCGUACUCGACGUGUAUUUGAAUAAUAAAUAUAACAUAAUAUUAUAGACGUCAAGUAGGUAUUAAGUGUGAUCGCUAAACAAAUAUGAAAUUAUAGCAUAUUCAAAAUUAACUUAUAACCGACUUCUCGUGGCGUGGGUCUCGGACGUUCACCGGGGAAACCGUAUUGACUAUUAGAUAUGUAUUUGUUGUAAAAAGUGUUUGAUCUGUAUUAACGACUUAUGAUAAUUAUUUAUUACAUUUAUUUUUAACUUCGAAUUGUUUUGUAUUUUACGUGGAAUUAACUUACAUACUUGAGGGUACGUAAUUAUUUAGCAAACCCUUUUUUUCAUGUCAAAACAUUUAACUUGUAUUGAAUACAAAAAUAUAUGUAUGUAUGUACCUAUGUAUAAUAUUAUUUUUCUCUGAAAAAACAACAAUAUUGUCAUUGUGAAUAUCGCUUGUUUAUUUAAGAAUUAUUAUUUUAUCAAUUUUACUGUUCCUACGUGUAUUCAUAUUUUUUACCCAACCAAUAAUUGUAUUAUAAUAUAAUAUAUAUGUGAACAGAGCUUAGGUUGAUCCAGCUAUUAUGUAUUUAUAUAAAUACUGAUAUAUUAAUUUAUGAUUAUACCCAAAACACGUAAGUCACGUGAACACCGAUAUAUUUCAAUGUUUUCUUUUUAAAUGUAAAAUUUAGGUACAAAUUCGCAGUUAUCCAAUUUUGUUUUGCUUUAUAUGGAAUCUUGUUUUUUUUUCAAUAAUAUAUUAUAAUGUUUUGGAAGCUACAAACUAAAUGGAAUAAAAUAAAAUAGAUUAUUAUAAUACAUAUCGCCAAUAAACAAUUAAGUCAAUUUAUUGAAUAACAUUAAACACCGAAAAUGCCCUAAUAAUAUUGUACCUACUAGUGUAUAUUUAAGUAAAUAUAAUGUUUUUCUAGUUUUACAUAAACGCACAUUUUUACACAGAAAUUUUUAUCACGAAGCGUCCAAUUAUGAUUAUAUUAUUGUUUGUUCAUUUAGAUAAAAAAAAUGUAGUUUUCGGAUAAAAAAAAAAUUGUUAUAAACCUAAGCAUAACUUUAGUACUUCUCUAAAUGUUCUCUAGUACCUAUCAGUUUUUUAGACUUAUUAAAUGGAUUUCUAGACAUAAUACUAAAAUCGAAUGUAAAAAUAUUUGUCUAAUAAUGGUGUUAUAAUAUUAUGUAGUUAAAUAUGUGAUUAUUUAAUACUUUGUACCUUGUAUUACUAAUCGAUGUGAUAGAUACACGUUUUAUUAUUAUUAUUUUCUUUAUCCGAGGAUAGGUUCUAGUUGCGUCCCAACUCCGAGACCAGGUAAGACUUAAAUUUAUUUACGAAUUGCGUCCCGAUGACUACUAAAUCCUUAAUCGCAUCCCAAAUCUAGUAAAAUUUAAAGGUCUACUCUAGUUGCGUCCCUUUGUUGAGUGCCAUAACAGAAUCAGUGGGUCCUACUUUUCAAUAACGUGAAAAGUACUUUUAUAAUGUUCUUUAAAUACUUUAAAAUAAAUAAAAAAAUAAAAAAUAGGGUGUACUAAACAUUAAUUGCAAUCAAUACAUUUCAUAUAGGUACCUACUACUUACAAAUAUACCAGCAAUAUAAUAUUACCAGCUUAGUACCUACAUCGUACUCCAUGAUAAAAUGUAUGAUCCGGGCCGUCGCAAGGCAUAAGCAACAUAGAUAUAUUGCCUAUGCCAGCAUUUUAUUAAGGGGGUAAUUUUUUUACAAAUUGAACAUUUUUAUAAGCUAAUAAUUUAAAAGGCGGCAAAAUUGUAGUUUGUCUAAAUUGAAAUAUUGUCAAGCACUUUGAUUUUAAAAUAUACUAAUAAGCGGUGCUAUACAAAAGAAUGGUAACCCAUUUUAUGUGGGAUUCCCCCCGUCAACAGAGGUAUUCUGACCAUAGUGUAUGAACAGGCGGAUGGUAAACUAUGACGAGGGUACCUACGAUGACGGCGGGAAUCCUGGAUCAAAUCGGUCGCCGUUCUUGUGUACAGCACCGCUUAUAUGUAAAUUUAAAAUCAAUAAAAUGAAUAACGACACAAAAAUAUUAAUGCUGUUUUAUUUCACGCAGCUGUGAUUAAACUGAGCUUAGCAGGCAAAUCAUAGAAUACAAUUAUAUAUAGUUGUACAUGACGUAUGCUCUAUAAUCGGUAACAAAGUAAUUUAAGUAGUAAUUAACAAAGUAAUCAAGAAGGCGAGAGACAGUGUAUACAUAUAUAUAUAUUCAGUUAUAAAAGUAUAUACAAAUAAAUGUAUAUACAGUAUAAAAGUUUUAUAAAGUAUAAAAUAAAUAUACAGUAUACAAAAAUUAACACUUGUUUAUAAGUUGUUAAACACUACCUAAGAUAAUCCUUAUUAGUUAUAUAGAUUAAUAGAUAAAUUUUAAUUUUAAAUGAUAAUAUGAUACCUGAUAAGUCAUAUGUUUUGUAUUAAAUGGUUGCAGUAAUGAAACAAAAUAAAAAUAAUAUGUUCUAUAGAAAUGUAGAUUCGUCUUUCUGGUUACACUGCAGCUCGCCUUUUCGUAUACUUUAUAAUAUUUUACUUCUUGCGAUCCUCUGGUGUAGGGUGAAGGAAGGUAUUUUCGUGGCAUAAGCAAUUUCGUGGUAUAGACGUGGUUAAAAUAACUGUGUUUUAACAAUCAGUGUGAUUUUCAAGACAAUUUUCUAAUAGGGAAUUACGCGAUACGAUCAACAAACUAUAUCACGAAAUUGCUUAUGCCACGAAAAUACCUUCCUUCACCUUAUAUUGCCUUUUGGUUACGAUAAGAAUGGGGCGAAAUUCAUAGUUUCUGGGACGCAAUUAAUAUUUGCUCUUCAUUAUCGCUUGUUUUUACGGUGGAGUAUUAUUAUUAUUGUUACCGUAAAAUAAGGCAAAAGAUAUAUUAUGUAUGAUAAUUAAACAUAUAUAACAAGCGAUGUAUCAAUUGCAAUAUUUCGGAAAUGUGUAAAAAUUCUUCCGAAAGACAUUUAGGUUGAGACAUGUAAAAUAAUACUUUUUAGAC